AUGUCGUCGCCGGCGUUCUCGGUGUUCCGCUCGCCUCAACUCAUUGGCGAUGAGACGCCGCCGGGGCCGUCGAGCAAUCGUCAACUGUUGAAGCGUAAACUCGACGAGGCCUCGCUGACGCCGACUGGACUGCCCGACGGCCUUCAACACGCGCCCUAUGUGAAGCGUGUGCGUUCGCGACUCUACACGCCAUUGGAUUUCGACCGCGAAUUGUCGCCGACGCAUCCCGUGCCCGAUGGUGUGACGAUCUCGCCGGUGAAGGUUCCCAAUUUGCCGGUUCCCAAUUUGAAGUUUCUCGAUUCGGCCAACGAGGCGGCGGCUGAGGCGGCCGUCGACAAGCUCACCGAAAUGCCGGCACUUCGGCCGACGACGCCGCGCCGCUCGUUGGUGUUCCCGCCGCGAAAUGUGUUCGGCGUGUGGACGCCGAAAACGCCGACGAAAAUCCGAAAAUCGCCGAUUUUCCACAAAAGCGCUGAAAAAGAAACUCCAAUUCGAAGCACCCCGCGACGACGAAGCGAGGGAUUCACCGCGAUGGAGAUGGAAGAAUUGGGACCACUCGCGCCGCGCCGACCAUCGAUUGUCAAUGCGAAAGGAAUUCGUCAGAAGGCCGUCGCCGCCGUGUUCGCCUAA